UGUUGUUGAACUUUGAAGCAUUGAAUGUUGUGAGAAACAGGAAAGUGGAAACUGGAAAGGAAGGAUCAGUAACGGGCAAUUUAUUGAAUUUUUAAAGAACCAUAAUCUAUUGGUGUCCAAUUUAUUAUUCGGAAUCUAUGAUGUGUUUUGAAUCUAGUUUAUGAGUUUCAAGCAGGAAUAUACCUACCUAUUAAAAUGGAUCCGUUUACUCAACGAAUGUUGGAGAGGGCACGAGCCAGGCAGGAAAAGAUAGAUCAAAAACUGGCAAAUUCAGGACAAGCUGUGCCAAAAAGAAAACCACUUUCUGAAAACGUAGAUGUAAACCCAAAAGCGUCCCCAGGAAAUUCACCUAAUAAAAUAAUUAAACAAACUAAUUCUUCACCUAAAAAGCCGUUCAAAGAAUCAAAUAUUCAUGAUACACCUGUAAUAAAACGUGCAAUAGAAAAGUCAGCAAUAGAUUCAUCACAUAAACGAAAUGAUGUUAUAGUCACGAAGAAAGAGUUUAAAAGCCCUAAGCGGGGAAGUUUGACACGAAGAAACUCCGAUGUAUCUGUUGAAAUUAACAUAUCACAUCGUAAUGAUAUUCAAAUUGAAGUACAGGUUGAGGAAAGAGACGCACCAAUUAGCAUCAUGUAUGAUCCUUCUAUAGAAAGAGGAAAUAAUGUUGUAAUUGAAGAGAGCAAAAUACAACACCAUUCACAGGCAGUUGAAAUGGCUGAUGAAAAGUCUGAUAGGGAGAACCACCGCUACAAAUUUAAAUCAAGAUUAGACAGGCUGGGAAAUCUAUAUUCUGACAAACCAAACCUCUCGUCUCCUAUUCACCGUACAGAGUCUGAGUUCACAUCUGCAACACCACCUUCAGUACCUCAGAUGGAAGUCAAGCCAGCGAAUAAACCGGAUGGCAAGAAGAAGUUUGGUAGACUUGCUGCACUGGCUGACCAGAUAAAUAACUGGGAGGAUGAUCUGAGUCACCAUACUUAUCACCCAGAAAGUAAUAAGCCAAUACAGAAACAUGACGAUAAACUAGAGUCUUCUACGUUGGAUAUAUCUAUUCACUCAAUCAACGAUAUCAACAAAGCUCUGCAGAAAACAGAUAAGUCUAAGACAAAACCUACAUUAAAAGCACCAACCCACCAAGGACAGCAUUUGAAUAAGCAAAUAGUAGCUGAGUUGGAGGGCGACGGGUUCCGGCGUGUGUCGGACAACCAAUCGCGGCUCGUCUACAAUUUCGCCCCGAAGACACACGAACGCGCCCGACAGGUCCCGAGCUCGUCAACAACCCCCAGUGAAGCUUCAGCCCCCAACAUGGCCACUGUGGUGGCCGCGCCGAUCGCAACAGUCACGAAAAAGCCGUCAAUCAAAAAAUAUAAAGCUCCAACACCGCCCAGGAACGAUUGUGACGAUAAGGACAAAGAGAAUAACGUCAUAGAACGCGAAGAGAACUACAACGGCGCAAGUGUUGAUUCUAUACAAACAAAGCAAGACAAACCGGCGAAUUCUCCCGUUGUUAAGAGAUUCGCUCAACUGAACGGAAAUGCAGAUCGGAAUUCAGUGCUCUCCAGAGCUGCGAUGUUUGAAUCGGGCAGUCCCAAGUCCAAGGAGAAGGACCCGGCCGAGAUGAGUUUGCGGGAGCGGAAGGCAUUGUUCGAAAAGAAUAAGGGGACAGUUAUUGUGCCGAAAGCCCCGUUCGGAAUGGCACCCUCAAUAAAAACAUUGCAAGGAAACAGAGACAAACCGCCCCAGAAGCAAGUCCAAACAGCGUCAAACAAGAGCUCUGACACGUCGAGGACUGGCUCCAAAGACAGCGUCGCUGAAGACAAUAUCAGCCAAAGCUCGUUGGUUGGUGGUAUCAAAGGAAAGUUGGCCGCACUGUUCAGCAAGGAACAGACAAUAAGCGAGGCGACUAUAGUGAAUAAGUUUAAGCAAGAGAGAGAGAAGGAGAUGGAGAUGUUGCAGAAUAGAUUCCAUUAUAAGCCAAAGCAACCAUCAAAGGCUGAUGACUCGGAUGAUGAUCACAGCGAAAACGACCCGUCGGAGAAGGCUCCGCUGAUGGGCAGCACCACAAGCCUGUCCCAGGCUAAUAAGAAACCAGAAAUUAUAGCUAACGUGCCAAAAGUAAUCGAGAAACAAGCUGAGAAGGAAACAGAAGAAGACAAAGUUGUGGGUGCACAGCCUAUUAAACGUAGAAGUUCACAACAUGACGCUGCGGUGGUACUUUCCAUAAUAGACGAUGUCAAAAGGGUCAAGGUAAACAAUAACGCCAAGGAACCAAACGGCGUGGUGUUGCAGCAACCAACGAGUUUAUACCCGCAGCUGUCGGACAUCGAUACGGAAAACACGAGCCGAGAGGACAGCUCAGAUUGCGGUGGCUCUAGCGAGGAGAAGACCCCGGAUAAAUUGAAGAGAGCAGUUGAUCUGAACAAAUCGGACAACUGGGCGGACACCUCGUUUGGCCGGGAAGUAAUGAGUGUGGUAAAGAGAAACAAUACAAGCUACAAGAAGGCCGUACAGAGCGAUUCUGACGAGAGCGGUUGCGACAGUGAGCUGGAUGAUCUGCUGGACGAGGCUCUGCAGCACGAGGGCCCCACGCCGCCCAAGAUGAAUAAGGUGAAUGAGGGCUGCCUCUCAUCAUCCAGUUUCGUGUACCAGGACAAGGGACAGUUCAAGUCGCCGCUGAAGAACCAGCCCCUGGCCACACCCGUCAAGCAGGAUCGUGGCAACGAACUGGUCCACAGCGUGAGCUUCUAUCGAAGAAUGCAAGCCUCCACGACUCCAUCGUCCGCGACGAAAGUAGUGCGGCACGUGUCGCCGGAGCGCGAGCCAGCCGCGAACGACCCCGCGGCCAACGUGUCGACGGUGCGGCAACGCAUUAAGGAGCUUCAGGCAGAGAUAGCCAAACAGCAGACAGUUAUAUCUCAGGCCAGUCAAGCAUUGAACCUGUGUGCAGCCACAAUAGAGUUUAGCGGUUCCACUGAGCAGGCGGAAGGUGAAAGACUGCUUCUCCUGGCGACACACCGGCGUCAAGCCUGUCUCCACGAGGUCCAGCGGCUGCAGGUGGAAGGUGCUGGACCGGCAGCCACUGCCGGCAUGGCCUCGCUGCACAUCAACAGCAUCAGGGUUCCACUUCGCCGGGACUACAUCAGGCAACUGAACGCUGAUGGCGCUGUGGGUCACCACGCGGUGUGCCUGCUCAAGUGCCGCGACCGCGUGCUGGCCAGCAGCAUGCAACUCAGCGAGCCCACGGCGCCGCUGGCCUUCCCCGACGAGAUCCGAAUGCACGGCCUGGCUAGCGACUUUAAGGUGACAAUCGAAGUGUAUCUCCUACAAGCAUCAAAGGAACUUCUACCGCACAAUGUCAAAUAUCACAUAUUCAAUAAGAAGAGCAACUCGAAACUGCUGACUCCGAAAUCAAAGGUUUCGGAACUGAAGGCGCCCCGUGUUCAGAGUCCUGGAGGCCCUACCGUGGUGCGCAGUCCACAGUUCCAGCUCCAUGGCUACUGCAUCUUUGCACUGCAACAGGCGAACCGGACAACCUUCACUCUGAACAAGGUCCCGUGCGGCAGCCCGCUCGAGGGCUCCAUCCACAUGAGCAUCGCGGCCCGAGUGCGAGUGUCUGCUCCGCCGCCGCACGCCGCCUUCCUCACGGCCUUCGACGACGUGAGCGGCCUGGGCGCCUGGCACCGGCGAUGGUUCUCGCUGCGACCGCCCACGCUGUCCUACUGGAAGUACCCGGAUGACGUGCCCAAGAAGAUGCCAAUCGGUGACAUCGAUCUAACGACAGUGAUAUCGGAAAAGGUGACAAGGGCCCCGCGUGACCUCUGCGCCCGUCCCAACACGUUGCUGCUAGAGACGUCCGUACCGGCCGGGCUCAUCGUGGCCGACAGCGGGUCGCUGGUGUACGUCAGGGGUCCCGACGGAGUGGUUCGCAGACGGCACCUGCUCGCUGCCGACACGCCGCGGGACCGGGACGUCUGGCUGGAGAUACUGAACAGGGCUCUGGAGUAUGUCAGGUGUUGCUUAGACGACGACUGAUUGUUGCUUCGACGAUGACUCACUUGAGUAUAUGCAUACGAUUUAAAGGAAUUAAAUUUGUAACCAAAAAUUUGUGAAUGAUGCGGGACUCGAACCCGCGACCGCUCGGAGUCACAACCUGAGAGUUGACCAAGACAUACAAAGAUUUACGAUCUAUGCGUCAUUCGAACAGUUUCCCCAGUUUGUAAGAGCUCUCGGCGGAACCCGAGAGGCACGGCUUCGAGACCCGCAUCGUUCAUAAAUUUUGGUAAAAAAAUUAUUGUCCACAAAAUCAUAAAAAAAUUACUGUUUGAUACCCCGAAAAAAAUAAACCAAAAUUUUUUAUUCAAAAAGGAACCAGUUCACUUCUCGUAUUUGUAGCAAAGAUAUUGAACACAUCGACAAAAAAUAUACUAAAAGUCACAAAACAAAACGAUAACAAUCUUUUGACUUUGGACCUCAAAUACUCAGUUGAGGUUGCAUGGGGACUGGUUCUAUUCUGCAAAGCGCUAGGAAAUUAAUCCCAGAAGUGAGGGUUAUCACUUUAAAAAUAACAAAUUGUUUUGUUUAGAUUUAAAGAAAACUCGAUUUUUUUUACAAAUAUUAUUAGUUUAGAAUAAUGCCUGCCAAUGAUUUGAUGAUAAUAUUAUUUUGAGCAAGAUACUUUUGAAAAGUGCAAUAAUUUCUUGGUAUACCAAAUAUUUGAAAAGCGACACAAAUGGUCAGAGGAAAUUUGAAGUAAAAAAUAUAAAUUUUCAGCAAAAUAUGUCUAUGUUCGUGCGCGCCAAUCGCGCCAUUUUUGUAUUUUGGUAGGCGUUUAGUAUCCGAGUGGGUUGGCUAAUUUUAAGAUUUUUU